GAGACGCUAAAGGCACCCAUUCUCCUCUGCUGCCUCAAGAUGCCAAACACCACCAUGGACAGAAGCCUCCUUCCUAAAUCCUUGCUGUUCUUCAUGCUCUUCCUCUUCAUCACCACUGCCUCCGUCGCCGGUGCCAAGGAUCCCGGCCACCCAUUGCAAAGUGCAAUGCUGCCGAGGGAAGAGAAGGUGUCCCGUUUCCGCUUCUACUUGCACGACGUGAAGAGCGGCAAGAACCCCACCAGCAUCACCAUCAUAAAUGGUUCGGCCUCCACUCCUUUCUUCGGCAAAGUCCAGAUGAUCGACAGUGUCCUGACGGAGGGGCCGGAGCUGACGUCGAAGCAAGUGGGGAGGUGCCAGGGGUUCUACGCGUAUUCGGCGCAGCAGGAUAUAGCGCUUCUGAUGGACAUGAACGUGGUGUUCACGGCGGGGAGGUACAAUGGGAGCACCCUCAGCUUCAUGGGCCGGAACUCGAUGCUUUACAAGGUGAGGGAGAUCCCAGUGGUCGGCGGCAGCGGCGCCUUCCGGAUGGCCCAAGGCUAUGCACUGGUCAGGACCCACUGGAAAGACAACAUCGGCGAUGUCACCGUACAGUACGAUGUGGUUGUAGUCCACCAGUGAGUUAGUCGGCAGGCCGGCUAGCCGGCCGGGCUGUUGCCGUCUCGUACAAUAAUGCCUUGUUUUUUAUGGGGAACACUUCGUUUCCAUGGAGGAGUCUGUUUUUGUUCUUGGUUCUUCUGUUCUUUUGCCUUUUGAUUAUCAGACGAGAUUGCACUAUUGCAUUAGUGAUUGAACGCAGAUUGCAGCUGUUACUCA